CUACAAAGACAAAUCUUUUUUUUAGGAUUAAUUCAUGGUUUGCUUGUAUCUUUUCAUGAGAUUUUUUGACCAUAACAAAAUAGAAUAUAACCAGACCUAUUUGUGCUGUAAAGUGCUUAACCAAAAAAUCUACAGGCUAAUUAUAUCUAUGUACUGUGAGUCUGUAGAUAACACUUGUCUAUAAAUAUAUUUGCUCAUGGUGGAUCUCGGAUUGUGAUUGGCCAGUGUCAGGUUAAGGACACAGAGAAGCGCUUGUUCAGAAUGUCGUUACAUUCUGGAGGGGCGGUGUUGUGAGUCUGACGCAGGUUCCGCCCGCUCAGAAUGUUUGGUUCAUUUGUCCAACACAAAGGAGAUCUGGAAGUGUGUCAAGCGCUUCUCGGCCGAGUUCUGUGCAUUUAAAAACUUUACCAAAGACGACAUAGUCCAGACUCAGUCGGCGUACGAGCUGAAGGAGGUAAAAGUUACCCCCUUAACUUUAAGAUUUUGUUUUUAUGUCCACUUAAAUGCCUGGUGUGUUAACAGUUUUACAGUGAGUUGAUCUGAUUUGUCAGAACGUGACGUUAAAUUAUAAUACGAAAGCUGGAAUGUGACGCAGUUCUUCAGAUGAGAGUAAGGAUGGCUCACAGAAACCUGCUGCAGGCUGCUUGGCUGUGUUGUCUGUUGGCUGUUCGGGUUCACAGCUGUCCAGAUGCCUGCAGUAAGUGUUCAGGCCCAGAAAAGGACCAGUGUGAGGAAUGUAGAGCAGGAUGGACCCUCCAUAACAACUCCUGUGUAGACAUUGAUGAGUGUGGCACAGAGCUGGGCAUCUGUCCUACAAACAGUUACUGCUUCAAUACAGAGGGUUCCUUUGAAUGCAGAGACUGUGAUCCGGCCUGUGCGGGCUGUAUGGGCAGGGGACCAGCUCGCUGCAGGAAAUGUGCCUCUGGGUACACGCUGAUGGGGUCCAAGUGUUUGGAUAUAGAUGAAUGUAGUGACAGAGUACUCGCCUGUCACGGCCUGGAUGAGAUUUGUGCAAACACAGAAGGCUCGUUCCGCUGUGACUGUGCUAAAGGAUUCUUCCACAAAGACGGUGUUUGUGUGAAGAAGCAGCUGCCUAGUGUCAAGGAGAAAGGUCUCUUCGAGGAUAUCAAGGAUGACGAGGUGGAGGUGCUGCAGCAGAUGUUGUUUGGGGUGGUGCUUUGUGCUCUUGCCACGAUGGCUGCUAAGGGAGAUUUGGUCUACACAUCUGUAUUCAUGGGCGCAGUGGCAGCCAUGGCAGGGUACUGGCUUUCUGACAGGGGAAACCGUUUGUUAGACAGCUUCCUAAAGGGACGUUAAAGCUAAAAACUGCAAACCGGACUUCAGUGUUUCAUAUCGACAAAUGCGUGUGCCACUGCUCAGCAAGGCCUAAAACUAUUACUGUUACAGGUGAAUCUUGUGCAUUCACUUGUGGACAGUAUAUAAGUUAUUGAUAUGAAAACACUUUGUGCUUGGAAAGAUUUUUGUCACACUUCUCUAUGUGUAAGAGAAAUUAUCAUGCCAGUCUUUAUACAACCACUGAACCAUUACGAAAAUAAUGUGAAACUCCGGUUGGUGGUUGCUAUAUUGCUUAAACAGUUGAGCAAACUCCAGUCACUGUUUAAGACUGUGGGAUGCAGUUGAAAGGGCUUAGCGUUAAUGAUGUCUAAAAAGGAUAAAGAGAAAGAAAAAUACUUUUAGAGAUUCCAAUGUUUUCAUCAUACAGCUAUAACAUCAUCUGGUACUGAGCUGGAACGUCUCACGCUAUUAAGUGUUUUCAAGCAGCUACCUUGUUUUGGCAUUUAGAGCCACCAACAUAAAGUGUGUCAGUUGUAGCUUGAUUAAAGUAGAAUAUACAGCUUGCUUGAAAUCAUGUAUGAAUACUUAAACCAUGUAUUAGAUUGGCUUUUUGUACUUUUUGUAACACUGUUUUUGCAUCAAGCUGUAUCAUGUACAAUGCAGUAUAUAAAGUAGUAAAAUGUGUAAUGCCACCUUUCUUCAUGUGCACAUGUAUAUGUAUAUCUUAAGACUAUAAGUCACUGAAAUAAAUAUGUCUUAUGUUUA